CAGGUAUAUAUAAACCACUCACCUGCCUGCAGAGCUUUGUCACUGGAGGCACAACCCACUGAAGACAGCCAAGAUGAAAAUCAGGGACAUGACAUUCAAGGAGGGGCAUGAGUUCAAGGUCCGCAUCAAGCCCAAAGACGACUGCAACACCUUCGCCAUCAACAUCGGCCAUGACGCUGACAACAUUGCGAUGCACUUCAACGCCCGUUUCGAUUUCGGCGGUGACGAGAACACCAUCGUCUACAACUCCAAGUCCGGGGGCGACUGGGGUGAAGAGAUCCGUGAAUCAAAUUUCCCCUUCCAGCGCGGAGAGGAGUGCAAGUUUUACAUCAACUUCAACAACGAGCAGUUCUACAUCAAACUUCCUGACGGCUCCAUGAUUAACUUCCCCAACCGGCUGGGAGACGUCAAGUACAAGCACUUCGAUGUCAGCGGUGACGCGAGGAUCAUCGGCAUCAAGAUCAAGUAGAGGUCCAAACGCUUUCUCAACCCUUUGACUCCCGACCUGACCACCGUUUGUUUUUGUUUUGCUGAAACAGUCUAUUUUACAUGACAGAGCCCUGCUUAUUUAUCUUUUCUCCUGCUGAGGCUUAUAGAAGAAAAACUAGACAUGUUCACCUACACGGAGAUGCUGAUGUUGUAAUAACAUGAAUUUGCCUCAAGAGGGAACCACACAACAUGUUACCCUCAUGCUCCUGCUUGAUAUCCCAUCAGUCACUGGGUUUGUUAAUAAACGCUGUAGGAAAUAAAGGAGUUUCUUCUCUGA